GCUUGAUGAAUAAUUUUAUCAAUAUAGAGCAGGUGAAAUGCUCAAGAAAUUUAAUUAUGUACUGUGUAAAAUGAAGUUCCUAUUGAGGAUAUUCAUAUUGGUGGUUGCCGUCUACUGCCCAUCUUUGUUUGGGCAAACAUGCGAUAAAACGUUAAUAUCAGAAUUCUCGCAACAGGACUGCAUAGAUAUGAAAACUGCAGAUGAAAUUACUUACUACUAUUGGAUAGAUGAAGACAUUAGUUGUGUGCCGUUUUGUAAGGAAUAUGAAGAUACUAUCGGAGUAGUAAGUUGCCCAUGUGCUCCCGGAUAUGCCUGUGGCCAUCGAUGCAGUGGAUCAUCGGACAACAAUGAAAUUCCGUGUACUACCUCAUCUGACUGUCCUUCGAGAUCUAAUUGUGUGGAAAUGUGUGUAGCUAACCCAGACUCUUGUAUGGCGUACCAUGCGAAUACAGUAGAUUUUAGAUACACUAAGUAUACAGCAUUAAAAUUUAAACCGACUUGUGAUAUUGACGGUUAUUGGAAUGCAAAGCAAUGCAAAGGAGGCGUUAGUGGAAGAUGUCUUUGUUUCGACAAGAAUGGCAACAGACUGUUUGGACAAGCUAACUACUUAGAAUCCGAUGAUAUGACUUGCGCUUGUAGUAGGAAGAAAGCUGAUUUGUUGGACGCUGGAAGGUCUUAUGUAAGUUUUCACUGUGACACUCAAGGGAAUUUUGAAAAGUUACAGUGCGACAGUGGAUUGUGUUGGUGCGUGGAACCGAAAACUGGUGAUUUGACUUCAGCCGUGGUUCCUGAAAAAGCUUUUACAAAACUUCCAUGCUACAGUGCUUCUGAAGUCGGAAGCCAGUAUUUGAGACAAUGUGAGAGUGCUAAAUAUGCUAUGACAAAAAUAUUAGCAACUUUAGAAACACAUGGUGUACAAUUUGCCAAUUUAGGAAAUUUAUUGUGUGAUGGUGAUGGAGCAUAUGGAGCUUAUAGUAUAAGUUCAGGAAUUGCUUAUUGUACAUGGAGAGAUGGUUCAAAGAUAGGAACAUGGCAGAGUGAUACCAGUACGGAUAUCAGUACUUUAGAUUGCAAUUGUGCUAGAGAUUACAAAAUGUAUUCCCACAUCUUAGCGUGUGCAGGAACAGGGAAUUAUAACUCCAUGCAAAGUGUAAUUAGUCGAGGGUCCACUAUAUAUUAUUGCGUGGAUUCAGAUGGUUUUGCCACGACCGACGUAUCUUCAACAAAAAUUAACAACUGCACGGAUUAUUAUUAACCAGUGUAUAUCGUGUAUAUUUCUUAAGAUAAAUAAAACACACAUUAAAAAAUUAUUAAUUUAAUAUAAACAUUGCACUAUGUAUAAAAAACUUUAAUAAGGCAAGUUGUAAAAAGAGCAAAUAAACAUGUUACAACUAAAGACUAGAUUAACAAUAUAAAACAUUAAUAAAUUCUACAAACAGUCUAAAAAGGAGGGAAUUAUUCGACUUGAAAAAGAUUAUACUGCCGAUUGAAUAAAUUUGGCAAGCUUCCAACAA